AUGCGGACGCGAAGCGAAUGUGUUACGAUAUCGGAAGGCAGACAACGACAACGAACAGCCGCUACGCUGACACGGUUCAACACGCACAGAGUCGAGUCCGUUGAGUCGAGUGCCUGCCUUUUCUGCGAGUAUCGUGGCUCUAGCACUCAGUUUGUCGGCCGGGCAAUAUUGACAAAUGUGAAUAGCGGCAAUCCACUGGCGGAGACGGCGGGACGGGAUAACGUAUCACGUGACGGCCGAGCAUUGCUCCAAGUCGAUAUAUCAGAAUGCGAAGGAGAGGGUAAGGACGAGGCGAAGGCAGAGGGGAACAUUCCUCGGUAG